AUGUCCAUACGCGUCCUAGUGUGGAUCAAGGAGGACCAAGGGCGCCUCAAAUUCGUGGACGACAUGGAAUCUCUUCUCUACGUCGUGAUGUACAGCGCCCUGAUGUGGCAGCCGCACCAUUUCCCCGCCGUCGCGGUCUCAAGAAUCGUAGGCUAUGUUUUCGACCAAUACACCCGUAUCCCGGCCUUGAACGUGUUCAACGGCGGAUCCGGUAAAAUUGCGAACGCACGAUGUCGGUUGCGGGUGUACGGUCACGCCUUCAAAAGUCCGGCGUUCGCCAAAUGGCUGUCGGACAUGAUGGCCUACCACGUCCCGGAUUCGGAUGACGACAAAGCGUACAGAGGCAAGUGGCAGAACACGGAGUUCAUAUACAACUACUGGAGCGACUUCCUCCGCCUGCACUCUUUGGAGCGGGACAACCGCGUGGACAACCUGGCCGGGUACUCGGAACCACCCGACCCUUCGCCAUCCACGAUCGCACGCGAACUUUUUCCAGCGACAUCGAGCCGGGAACACUCGGAUGCGGAAUUCCAUCGCCGCCGAGAGACGAGCGAGUCUGCAGCGAAGGCCCUGAAGCGCAAACGAAGCAGGCGCGAGGUGUCUCAGCCGUCAGCUCCUCGCCGUAGUUUUCGGAUCCAGGAGAAGGAGGAGGCACGAGCGCAGGCGCAGGCGCAGACGUGA